AUGCCGGGAGUACGAGACGUCAGCGCAGAAGAAUUUAUUGCUGCUUAUGCUUCGCAUUUGAAGCGCUCAGGCAAGCUGGAAGUCCCAGCUUGGGUUGACAUCGUCAAAACUGGCUCAUUCAAGGAGCUCGCCCCCUACGAUCCCGAUUGGUACUACGUCCGAGCAGCUGCUGUUGCUCGCCACAUUUACCUCCGCAAGGACGUUGGCAUUGGUGCCCUUACUAAACUUCACGGUGGACGCAACCGACGCGGAAACCGCCCUUCCCACCAUGCCGAUUCAUCUGCAUCUGUCCAGCGUAAAGUUUGCCAGUCCUUGGAGAAGAUUGGUGUGCUAGAACAGACAGGCAACGGUGGACGAAGAAUUUCCCAGGACGGCCAGCGGGAUUUGGACCGCAUUGCUACCGCCGUCGUCGAGGAGCUCAAGGCCAAGGAAGAGGAGGAGGAUGAAGAUGAGGAAGAGGAUGAGGAGGAUGAGGAGUAA